AUGACUAAAGCAGCGAUGCUCCCGUCCAAACACGGAAAUGGCAUUUCGAAGAUAUCCAGGGCCAGCUUCCGCGCCCGUGAUUUUUUUUUAAACUUCGAACCCGGAAUCAGGGCAGCGGAGGAUACAGAAUACAAACAUCUCACCCGCAAAAUGGCGAGACUGAAUCUCGCAAAUCCCGCCGUUCUCAACGCACGGCAAGCUCCCUUGAAACAAGCCAGUUCGCCUUCAAAGAAGACGACGAGAAGCGGGACGCAAGAGGUUCUCGCCGAGGAAGAGAAGGAAAUUAAUGCACGGUUUACAAGCCCAAAGAAGUCAACAACAGCUGGUGUGAGGACUGGGUCUACAAAGACGAUUGGAUCGACAAGCAAGAAAGCAAAGGGCUCUCCAGCUUUCGAUAUUUUUGAAGAUGAAGAAUCCGCGCCCGAGGACAGCAAUGUCUACGAAGAUCUGUCUACCAGUCGCCCCCAGACCGCGAAGACAAAGCUUCCUCUGAGACACGCACAUUCGAACUCGAUCAUCUCACUCUCCCGAGCCUCAAAGCAAAAGCAAUCUCGGAGCGAAGAAUCAGAGGACGAAGACGACAAGGAGAACCGCCUUGUGGAGGACGAAGCAGAGGAGGCUUCUGAGGAAGAGGAAGAAGAGCAUUCAGACGAGGGCGAGGAACUGGGAGCAGAAUCAGAUGAAGAUACGGAGGCACAGGAAUUCGAGAGCCCGAAACUUGCUACGCGCGAAUUAAAGACAAGGAGGAAUGCCAAUGACCAGAAGUUCACGCGGUAUAGGGAACAACCGCAGGAGGAAUCAGAAACUGAAACCGAACAAGAGCCCGAGGACGAUGAUGAUUUCGACUCCCUUGAUGGCUUUAUCGUCAGUGACAACGAAGAUAUCAGCUACCACGAAUCGCUCGAUGGACUGCCCGAUGACAGUGACUUGGAGAUUGGGUCCCCGUCCCCGAAGCCAAGGAGGAGGAGGCUGAUACGGGGGCGGAGGCCGUCUCGUAAGGUGGAGCACAGCAGUCACUGGGAGGAUGCGGUUGAUCCCUUUCAGCACUGCCAGGAGCUUUCACCUCCUCCUAAAUCUGAAUCUCCUCCCCUGAUCGGUUCAAAAUUCACACGGCUAUUUCCUAAUGACCGCAAUGAUGAGAAAACGAAGCAUUCUGAUGAAAAUGACGACAUCCAGAAACAUUCUACUCAAGUCUCACGCUCCUCGCAGUCAGAUUCACCAAUGAAAAAGAACCAGCAGAAGAAGAUGGCAACGCCGCCAUCCAGUCCGUCGAAAGCACACAUUCCGUCGCCAGCAAAGACGAAAUAUCGGAUACCGCCAUCUCCCCACCGCGAGAGCUCCGACGCCUUCUGGAGCCAGGAAGUGACCAACGACUGGAACGACCAGUUCUCACCGAGGAAGGAGAGGACACCGGGUCGUGGGCUUCAACGUCUUCUCAGUGCGCUGGGAGAGGACGUUGUGGAGGAAGAGGACUUAUCGGCUUCGUCUUCUCCUCCUCCUCCAACAGACGCCAAAGUGCCCAAGAGUCCGAGCAAGACGGCGCUGAAGAAGGCUGAGGCAGAGAAGAAAAAGGCCAUCCUCGCGCGAAAGAAAUCAUUUGACAACAAGAAAGCCGGCCUCGCGGAGGAAUUCCUAAAGUUCCUGGACGACAACGUCUCCGGGGGUCAGGUGCAGAAGCUGGCGGCAGAAACGGGCGGCAUCAAAAUCAUCUGGAGCAAAACGCUGCAGACGACAGCAGGACGGGCCAACUGGCGACGGGAGAAACCGGCGCAUCGCAGCGACGAAGAGAAGAAGCCGCCGCUCCACCACGCCUCGAUCGAGCUGGCGGAGAGGAUCAUCGACUCGGAGGACCGGCUGCUCAACACGCUGGCGCACGAGUACUGCCACCUGGCGAACUUCAUGAUCUCGAACGUGCGCAACAACCCGCACGGGGCGAGUUUCAAGGAAUGGGGACGCAAAUGCACCGAGGCGUUGAGGGACCACCCCGUAUACGGCGGGCGGGUCGAGGUCACGACGAAGCAUUCGUACAAGAUCGACUACAAGUACGUGUGGCUCUGCGUGGACUGCGGGCAGGAGUAUGGACGGCAUUCGAAGAGCAUCGACCCGACCAAGUCGAGGUGUGGUCGGUGCAAGGGCAUGCUGCAGCAGAUCAAGCCGAAGCCGCGCAACGUGUCGCCUAGAAAGAACAACAGCAACAGUACUAACUCCAGCUCAGUCAGCCAGAAACUCGACGACGUGACUCGGGGCGUUGGAAGGGUUAGCUUGAAUGGUUGA